UUGUUGACUGGGUUGUGUAAACUGUACAUAUUUGUAUUUUUAUGAUCCAAAAUAACUACAAAUAAUGGAUAUUAUACAAUUGGUAAGCUACUAAAAGUGUACUAAUGAUGUCUACUGCCAACAGUGGGAUUUAUCAGCUGGAAAAUCUACCAUUUUCGUCGAAACAGUUCCACGAUAGAUUUUCUCGUUUGGCUGGUCCCUUGAGCCUUUACGAUGCUGAAGACAACCCGGAGGUCGGAAAUGAAAAUCCAGACGUUGAAAGACCCUUAACUCCAGUAGAAGAAGCUAUAAAAGGACCUCCAACUACAUUCAGUGCUUUUGCUAAGCUGAUACGCCCACGUCUGACACCAAAAGACGUUAUUCCUGGACUGACUGUGAAUGAUCAACAAGAACUUAUAGGAGUUAUUAUGAAUGAAAUCAAUAAUAUCUGGGGAGAUAUGAAAAGAAUGCCACCUGAUCCUUUCCUGACAACCCACCAAAACAUGGAACUACAAAGACGUCUUGCCAUUGAAAUUGUCACCCUGGCUCAAGGAUUAUUUGUUAAAUUUCUGGACAAAGCACAACGGCUUAAUAGUCGUGGUGUGUUUAGUGGUAUUGCUAACAUGAGUCGUCUCAAGACACAGUUAGCAUUGGAAGCAAAUAAAAGCUUCAAUGUACUCAGUAUACGUAGGAAUCUAGCGAUGGACAUGAAAGCCCCAUCAGAUGGCAGUACCAUCUCAAGCAUAAAGCUAUCUCAAUUCAAAUUUACUGGUGGUGUAGGUCCAGUACCAAAGACAUACAAGCCUUUAGUAGUUCGACAAGAGGAAGAAAGGGCCAAACUCCGCCUAUCAAAGGAAGAAGCAUUACAGCGAAAAAUGGAAAAUGAAUUAAAUGAUCUUCAGAAGCAAAUGCCAAUUGUGGAUGCUGAAAACUAUUACAGGAUGAUCCCAUAUGAAGCUGUAGCAAAGAGAAAACCACCCUCUGUUGCAGGAACUAUGCAAAGUGGAAUUGAAAAGGACCUUGAAGUUUCUAAAAAUACAGAGGAUUAUUUCUUUCUGGAAAAGAAGUGUCCAUCCGCACCAUAUCUACCAGUAGGAGAGUCGUUACUGGAUGAACUUGGAAUCCUGAGAGAAGAUAUCAUAGCUGAAAAUGGUUUCGUUAGAUCUAACAGUGUGGACAAGCUUCAGGAAGCUCGUCCCUAUGAAGACCAAGUAGAAUCUGAAGAUGCAACAACCAAAGAACCAAUAAAAGGCUCCAGUCAGUAUGCAGCAUAUGACUUGAACAGACUUCUCACAUCUAGAGCUGGACCUCCAUUGUUUGAAGACUGCAAUGAUGAGAAAGAAAAUGGCAAUCUACCACCUCUCCUUCAGGCAUUGGCUUAUCACAGUAGUAAGAAAGCAAAGAAGAUAGAAGACCACUCCCUGAAGGAUAAUAAAGAAGAUGACAUGAGUAGUGAGACAGGAUCAGUGAUUGGUUCAUCCAAGGCAUCCUCUGUUGCUAUGGAUCCUAAUGUAAUAGAUGAUAGCAUAACAGAGUUUACCGGUGAAGAGCACCCUCAGCCAGCAGUAGUUUCUCUAAGACUACCAGACAAGUCAGUGGUCCGUACCUCAGACGUCCGGGUGUCUAACAGAGUGAACAAGUCAUCUGUGGCUCUGACCCGAUAUCCUACCGUCUACAAUGAUCUCACCUCAGAGAUCGAUGCUGUAACUGUAAAAUGGCUGGAUAGAAAUCUGUUCAUUGGUGAGGAGAUCAAAGAGGUGUACCAAGAGGUCAUCAGAACCAUGAACACAGAUCACUUACUCUUUGAUAAGGAUUCAUACGUGCAAAAUGCAGCUACCAACAUUGACAUGUCUUGUUGUACCUCGUCUUCUACUCUCCUCAAACCAAGGAGCGAGCGAAUCAUUAACGAAAACUUACGGGGAAACAACAAGCCACCUUGGGGGAAUGACGGUGCAGAUAACUGGAGAAACAGUCCAAAGUUUGGAGGCUUGGGAAGAGAAGAUAUCUUACAGGCCAAGAUAGGUAACCGAGAGGAGACUGGUAGCAAGUCCUAUAACUCCUGGUUGGCUUGGUGGAGAUCUACUAUAACCUAUGACGAUUAUCUUAAAUACAUCUCUACUCAGGAAAAUGAUUUUUUGUCGGUGAUAUUUCAUCUCUAUGACGCUGAUCGUGAUUUUGAUGAAGAGUUACUGGAAGAGAAUAGACCUGACACUGUACAGAUGCUCUUGAACAGGGAACGAGAAAAGAAAGUAACAGAACUCAAACACCAGAAGACAGAAUUUACAUCUGGUGUUUGGAAUGUUAAUGCAGUGCUUCUUGGUGGCCUUGGACAAGACCCUGAAGUUGAAGACGAAGAAUUACUCUCCAGCUUGGAAAAUAUCGUAGUAGAUCAGAGCUCUAGCUCUGAACGGCGUGGCUCGACACCAGUCUCCCAAGUCAGCAGCGUGUCCGCGGACAAGCGAUCAUUCAAGUCAUCUAAAGGAGACCCUUCGUCUAGAGCAUCUCGCGUUCUGGAUAGACGAUCCGUUGCAACUACUGUACAAACAAGAUCUGAAAUGAGUAAGGAGCAAGUGGUAGAUCUUCAGGAUAGACUAGAGCGGCUGUGGACGUUGUUAUGUAUGCCAGACGUACAGCGACUAGAUAUGGCCAUCAAAUACAGCAGCGAACCAUACAAAAAUAACCUAUUAAAUGCUCUCAGUGCUUGGGAAGUUGCUACAGAGGCAGUUUUACAACGAGAAAGCCUGUUGACGAAACUGGAAGACUUCGAGAGAAAAGCUUCAGAUCCGAAUCGCUUUUUUGAGAGAGGAGCAGGAAGGACUUCACUGUCAAGAAUACGAGAGGCGAAAAUACGAGACGCAUUUAACAAGAAAUUAGUUGACCUUGAUCGUGAAAUGAAGCGCACCGUAACUCUAGUGAAGAAACAGUUCAAAGAUGAUGUCACAUUCCAGGGUCGAUCAUGUCUUGAAAAGCUUCGCUAUGACCGAACAGAGAUGCUUUAUUGGCUUCAACAAGAGAGGAGACAAGAAGCCAUAAACAAAGAACUGGUCAGAGGGAAAGAAAUCCCCUUCAAUUCUCUUAGUCUGCCUCCCCUGUCAACUAAUAGUCUCCUAUAAUCUAAAAACUAAGUAUAUAUAUAUGACAUUCAAAUGUCUAUAUUAUUUGUCACACUUUGCCUGGGAGGGGUGGGUAAGUUCUAUUUUGGCUCCACUUUCUUUCGGGACUAUCCCAAAAAUUUUAAAUAUCAGGAAUGGUGAACGAUAUAAUCGAUUCUUGUCUGUAUAAAUAUUUUCUACGAUUUAAUUAAAUAAAAGUAAAAUUAUACAUCUUUUUACAAAUAUAAGUGAAAAGGUUUGGAAAA